AUGCUGAGCAUCAUCACCAACCUUCUCCUCCUUUUCCUGGUGACAGACCCUUCUCAGGCGUCUAUCUACUCCGGCCCCAGUGCCAUCAAUGACCUCAAGCACUCGCCAGACUUCAUCAUUGUUGGGGGUGGAACAGCAGGCUCUGUGGUUGCCAACCGACUCUCGGAGAACCCCAAUGUCACCGUGCUGGUGCUGGAAGCGGGGAUCUCAAACGUGGGGAUUCUCAACAUAGAGGUCCCCUUCUACUGCGUCCAAGCAUCUCCCCAGACAUCCGUUGAUUGGAACUUCACGACUGUCCCCCAAUCCGCACUCAACAAUCGAUCAGUGGCGUAUCCGCUGAAAUGCUGA